GUGCGGGAAGCGCGUGUCGCGUUUAGGCAGUUUCUGUGUGAUUACUUAGCCUAAAUGAGAGGGGAGAGGACUCGGAACUACUCCCUUGUUUGUAUAUGUCAUCAGUUUCGUUUUAUAUCACUGGCUACCGAGUGUUAUUGAGCCUGCUGAAGAGUUUUUUUCAGGACGUGAAGCGACAACUGAGUGCCAGAAUACCAAACAGCAUAAACACGUAGUUUCUGCAUUUGGUCCAUGACGCUGAUGCCACCAUAUCCAGACAGAAAAUGAAGAGACUUUGUAAGAUAGCCCUUCUUGGGCUUAUAUUUUUGAUACAUGCAGCUGGGAGUUUUGGGAAAGGAGAAGAUAGGCAGGAUACUGACUCACUCAGAAGGAAUGAGUACUACAACAGUAACAUGGAUGGAGAUGUUACCUUGGAAGAUGAGCAGGAAGAUACAAUUGAGGAAGAAAUUGAAAAGCUGGGGAGUGACAUUAAGGCAUAUUUCAAGCACAGCGACAUAGAGAAAGGUCACAUAGAUAACACACAAAAAGAGCAGGUAUCGGCUGUGAUCCCGACCGCCGACGAGGAGGACCUGAUGCUGGUCUCCACGCUGACGGGCCGGCUGUACGGCCUGAGCCGCGCCUCGGGCACCGUGCUCUGGACGCUGGAGCGCGGCCCGGCCGUGCGCGCGCCCGACACCCAGCUGCGCCAGGCCGACAGGGCGGCGUUCCUGCCGGACCCGUCGGACGGCAGCCUGUACAUGCUGGGCGGACCGGGCCGGGACUCGCUGCGGAAGCUGCCGUUCACAGUGCCGGAGCUGGUGUCGGCGGCGCCGUGCCGCAGCUCGGACGGCCUGCUCUACACCGGCAAAAAGGUGGACGGCUGGCUGGCUGUGGACUGGGUGACGGGCCAGGUGCAGGAGGAGCUGACAUCGGAGGGCUCCAGCCGCUCGUGCCCGGUUAACAGCCCGCACACUGUCUUCAUCGGACGUACAGAGUACACAGUGUCGAUGCACGACAGUAAGGCGGGCAGCCGGCGCUGGAACAUCAGCUUCACCCAGUACUCGGCGCUGGAGAUGCCGCCCGAACUGCUGGCCAAGUACCCGAUGAACCAUUUCUCCACCACGUCGUCGGGCCGGAUCAUGAGCUUCAGCCGGGAGACGGGCAGUCACCUCUGGCAGACGGAGCUGGACUCGCCCGUCGUCGCCGUGUACGCGCUGGCGUUCGACGCGCUCUACGCCGUGCCGCACACUACCGUGGCCACGGAGACGCUGCGCGCGCUCACCCAUGACGUCAUGGAGGCCAGGCAGCUCGUGCCCACCCUCUACAUCGGCGAGCACAAGCACGGCCUGUAUGCGCUGCCGUCAUUGGUGGACGCGUCAACCGUGCACGUCAUCACCAGCCAAUCACGGCGCCCGCUGAUCGACGGGCCGCGCGACGGGGGCGGAGACUCGGCCACCGGUGGCCAAUCAGGGAGCUACUUUAAGCUGCACGACGAGGACAAGAAACCAAAACUGCUGCAAAUUGGUCACUACGAUGUGCCGAACGUCAGCCGGUCGGAGUUGACCCCGCUCAGCCCGCCGUCGGGGGAGCGGGGUCGCGCCGCCCGGCCCAAGCCCAGCACGUACCUGCCGCCGGCCUGGACCGAGGCUCAGACGCAGACGGAGGCCGCCGACCGGUCCCGACGGUCCUGGCUCUGGCUCUGGACUCAGGUGCGCACGUUCAACGUCACAUUCCUGCUAUCGGCCGGCGAGUGGGCGGCGCUGAUCUCUGACCUGACGGGGUCGGCCGACCCGGUGACCUCGGCCGCCACCGAGCGCGCGCUGUUCGUGCUGACGGUGCUGGCGCUGGCGGCGUUGGCGCUGGCGUUGCUCCGACGACGGGACCGGUCUCAGCGGCCGUCGUGGCCGACGGGGCCGGCCUCGGGCGCCGACAGCACGGGCUCGCGCGGCUCCCAACGUCACGUGACGGCCGACCUCGAGCAGCUGGAGGACGGCGUCGUCCGCGUCGGCAAGAUCGCCUUCGACUCGGACGCCUGCAUCGGCAAGGGCUGCGAGGGCACGUUCGUCUUCAAGGGCUGGUUCGACGGCCGUGAUGUGGCAGUGAAGCGGCUGCUGCCGGACUGCUUCACGUUCGCCGACCGAGAGGUGGCGCUGCUCAGGGAGUCGGAUCAGCACCCCAACGUCAUCAGGUACUUCUGCAUGGAGCAGGACCGCCAGUUCCGCUACAUCGCGCUGGAGCUGUGCCUGUCCAACGUGCAGGACUACGUGCUGGGGCGGUACGAGGGGCCCGAUAUAGCGCCGCUCGCCAUCCUCAAGCAGGCCACCGCCGGACUGGGCCACCUGCACCAGCUCAACAUCGUUCAUCGCGACAUCAAGCCUCACAACGUGCUGCUGGCGGCGCGCAGUGGCGGCCAGGCGGUGGCCAUGAUCUCCGACUUCGGCCUGUGCAAGAAGCUGUCGCGCGGGCGCGUGUCGUUCUCGCGCCGCUCGGGCGUGGCCGGCACCGAGGGCUGGAUCGCGCCGGAGAUGGCCGACGGAGAGGGGCGCGCGACGUGUUCCGUGGACGUGUUCUCCCUGGGCUGCGUCUUCUACUACGUGAUGAGCGGCGGCCACCACCCGUUCGGCGAGUCGUUCAGACGCCAGUACAAUAUCCUCAGCGGCGAGUACAGCCUCUCCCUCCUGACGGACGUCACCGGUGUGUGUCUGAUCCGACGCAUGCUGUCGACGCCGGCCGAGCAGCGGCCGCUGGUGCCGGCCGUGCUGGCUCACCCGUUCUUCUGGCCGCCGCAGAAGGUGCUGCACUUCUUCCAGGACGUGAGUGACCGGAUCGAGAAGGAGGCUCCGGACUCGGAGCUGGUGCGCCGGCUGGAGCGGCGCGGCUGGGAGCUCUCGGGCGGCGACUGGAGGGAGCGCAUCGACCCGUUCGUGCUCAGCGACCUCGGCAAGUUCCGCUCGUACCGGGGCUCCAGCGUCCGCGACCUGCUGCGCGCGCUCCGCAACAAGAGGAACCACUACCGGGAGCUGAGCGAGGAGGCGCGGCUGGCGCUGGGCGCGAUCCCGGACGGGUUCGUGCGCUACUGGACGGGCCGCUUCCCGCGGCUGCUGGCGCACGUGUGGUCGGCGGCGCAGGCGGUGCGCAGCGAGCCCAUGUUCAGCAAGUACUACUGCGGCGAGUACGACUGGACGCUGGAGCCGGACCCAGACGCGGUGCCGCCGUGGCAGCGCAGCCCCGCGCGCCGCUCGCCGUCGCCCAGCACGUCGCCGUCGGAGCCGGACGCGCGCGAGGUGCAGGGCGCGCUGUCGGACGAGAUCGGCGAGCGCGUGCGCCGCCGACUGGUCGACAUCGUCCAGGAGGGCGGCACCCUGGUGGAGGAGGCCGACGCCAUCGUGCGACGCGGCUCUCGCCCCGACCUCGCGGGCGGCGCCGGCUGUGCGCACGUUUUGAUCCACGAUGACCCGCUACCCCUGGUGUUGACCCGUGACCCGUACCGCCAGGCGCGCUUGUUCAACGUCACAUUCCUGCUGUCGGCCGAGGCUGACUUCGAGCAGCUGGAGGACGGCAUCGUCCGCGUCGGGAAGAUCGCCUUUGACUCGAACGCCUGCAUCGGCGAGGGCUGCGGGGGCACGCGCGUCUUCCAGGGCUGGUUCGACGGCCGUCACGUAGCAGUGAAGCGGCUGCUGGCGAACAACGUCACGAUCGCCGACCGAGAGGUGGCGCUGCUCAGGGAGUCGGAUGAGCACCCCAACGUCAUCAGGUACUUCUACAUGGAGAAGGACCGCGACUUCCGCUACAUCGCGCUGGAGCUGUGUCUGGGCAACGUGCAGGACUAUGUGCGGGGGCGGUACAAGGGGCCCUAUAUAGCGCCGCUCACCAUCCUCCAACCAGGGCUGCGACAGGCGUCCGUCAGAGGGCUUCUGGUGCCGGCGUCGGCGGCCGGGAACGGCGCGAGCGUCGCGAUGGACUCCGAAGUGGAGUCGCCUCUGCGAGAAGUGAGCGUGGCCGACAUUGGCUGCCUGAUUGAGCGUCUUCAGGAGCAUGGAGUGCAUGGUGCAAAGGGUUUGUCAGUGAUUGUUGUCGCAGAGUCGGUGUCUGCUCCUGCUCUUACAGAGCGGCGUCAACCCACAUGUCCCUGCCGCAUCUAUGCCAGCCAAGAGUCUGGUCAAACGCCCCUGGUCGUCAUAACAAUUACGCGUCAGUGGCACGGCCAUCACGCGCUGGGCGUGUUCGCACGAGAGGACGCGGCGAGCCUGCGGUGCCUGGCCGCGGCCCUGCGCGCCCCGGGCCUCCAGCUCUGGGGCACGCCCUUCACCGCCGACGGCGUGCCCCUGCACGUGGCACACGUGCUGAGGACGGCCGCCGAGGAACGAGGCCUCACGUGGGACGGGCUCGCGCCGUUUGACCUCUUCGUGCAGGAGAGUUGCCAGCCGCCGGAGCACGUGCUUGAAUGCCCAGCCGGUGUCGUCAUCCGCCCGCUCAAUGAGGGACAUGUGGACCAAGUGAAGCGCUUCUGGGAGUACUCCGACCACGUCCCGGGCGUCGACGGCAUCAUCAGAGACGGCGUUUUACGGGGCCUUUCCGCCGGUGCGUUCAGCCACGGGGCAUCGCCUCCGCCAUCGUCAACAGCAUCAGCUUCGGCAGUCGCGCCGAUCUCGUCACAGACCUCCCCUCCGGUCUUGCCGUCAGCUUUGCCCUCUGCAUCGCAUCCAGCAUCGCCUUCAGCAUCGUCUUCAGCAUCGUCGUCGGCAACAUCUUCAUUGUCGUCACUUGAUAACGAGCGGCUGAUGUCCUGGGCUGUGGUAGACAGGAACGGCGGCAUCGGCUUCCUGCACACGCUGGCGACGCAGCGGCGGCGCGGCCUGGGCCGGCUAGUGCUAGCGCACCUGACACAGCUCUGCCUGCAGCACGGUCUGCCCUGUGUUGUGUGCACGAGACCCGUGAACACGGGCGUCAUGCGCGCCCUGGCUGCGCUGCGGUAUGAGCGUGCGUAUUCGGCCGUGUGGGCCGACGUCGGUGGUCGAGGGUAGCCCCGACAGAUGGGGCUGAGAGCGGUGACGUCGCGAGGUAGACUCGUCGCUGUGGGCGUGGUGGGAAAUGUACGGUUAGCCUUGCUAGAGAAUUCACAGGGUUAUUCUAGUUUAUUCUAGUUCAAGGCUUCUGAUUCUAGUGGGGACAUUGGUGACCGCUUGGAAAGGUGUUCGUAGUGCAGUUGUAUGCGCCC